CACACACACGCACACACACCCCACGUCUGCUCCCCGCCCCUCCAUAGCAAGGGUGCAGGGGAGUCCCAGGGUGAAGCUCUGGCCCCUCCUGCCCCACACAUCUGCGAAUUAGAGCCCAGGGCCCUUCUGUGCUAGCCACCCGCAGGCAGUGUCGGUUACACACAACCUUUGAUUUUCUACGAUCUGCAAUGGGCGCCGCGGCCUCGUCUGUUCUGACGCGCCUCGGUCUUGCGCUCCCAGCCUCGGCGCAGCACCGGGCCGCUUGGCUCGGGGCGGCCGCGCUGGGGCUGGCAGCCGCCGCGGCGCUGGGGGCUGCCGCCUGGAGCACUAGGGGCCGGCGGAGCCGGCGGCGGCGGGGGCCGCGGCGGCUGCAGCAAGUGGGCACCGUAGCGCAGCUCUGGAUCUACCCCAUCAAGUCCUGCAAGGGGGUGGCUGUGAACGAAGCCGAAUGCACGGAGAUGGGGCUCCGCAGCGACAACUUAAGGGACAGGUUUUGGUUGGUGAUUAAGGAAGAUGGUCACAUGGUCACUGGAAGGCAGGAGCCUCGCCUGGUGCUGAUCUCCAUAAAGUGGGAAAAUGACCAAAUGACGCUCAGUGCUCCAGAUAUGGAUGAUCUGGUUGUACCUCAAAAAAUACCCUCUACCAAUGCUAUUCGGAACUGCAGGGUAUUUUCCGUUGACAUUCAGGGUAGAGACUGUGGAGAUGAAGUAUCUCGGUGGAUCACCAGCUACUUAAAAACAGAAACAUUUCGACUGGUUCAGUUUGAGACCCAAAUGAAGGGAAGAAAGUCAACAGAAAUUUUCCAACCCUUUAUUCAGAAUUACCAGGUGGCUUAUCCAGACUGCAGUCCCCUCAUGAUGAUCUCAGAGGCUUCCCUGUCGGACCUUAAUACAAGACUAGAGAAGAAAAUAAAAAUGGAACAAUUUAGGCCGAAUAUCGUGGUUACUGGCUGCAGUGCUUUUGAGGAGGACACCUGGGAUGAAAUCCUCAUUGGGAGUGUGGAAAUGAACAAGAUUUUGGCUUGCCCCAGAUGUAUCAUGACAACAGUGGACCCAGACACUGGGAUCAUUACCAGAAAAGAGCCCCUGGAAACUCUGAAGAGCUACCGUCUCUGUGACCCGUCAGAGAAGCAUAUAUACAAAUCAUCCCCACUCUUUGGGAUGUAUUUUUCAGUGGAAAAGACUGGGAGCCUAAAAGUCGGUGACCCUGUGUAUCUGAUCACUCAGUGAUGGAAGUCCUGGGGGUGACAAGUACCACAUGGUUGAUAUGGUUAAAAAAACUGGAAAGGGAUUGACCAGGAUCACACAGCGACAUCUCUGCAGAUCCUGUAACAUAAAGCCUUUUAGUAGAUUUGUCUUAGAAAAACCUGAUGCUACUUCUGACUCUCCAUUGAUACUCAUGUUCUGUAUGUUGAUGUGACAAAAGGGAAAGGUCUGGGCAGGGAUGUGGUAGAAGAAGGAAUAAUAAUAACAGGCUAAAGUUUCUGUGGUAGCAAGGAAUUGGAAACAAACUAGAUGUCCAUUUAUUGGGGAAUAGCUAAACAAAUUUUAGUAGAUAAAUGUAAUGGACUAUUAAUGUGCUAUAAGAAAUGAUGAAUGUGAUGGAUGCAGAGAAGCAUGGAAAGAUCUACAUGAACUAAUGAAGAGUAAAAUAAACAGAAGAAAACAACAUCCACAAUGAUUACAAUGAUGCAAAUGAAAUUAAACUGAAUUAAUAUAACCAAAUUAAAACAGAAAGAAUAGUCAAAAAAUAAUCAAAAGUGAAAGUUGAAAGUUUACAAAGAAUGAUCAUGGCCCAAAGGACAGAAAUGGGAAGACACCCCUACCUCACUUUGCAAAGGUGAGAUGUCCACAGGUAUGGUAUGUUGAACAUAUUUUCAGAGUUUUUGAUGUAUUGAUAAGUUUUGCUGAUUUUUCUUCUUUUUUCCCUUUAAAAAUAUUAUUUGUAAUAUGGGAUGGCUCUCUCAGAUGAGAGAAGAGGAGGAACACUGGAAGACAUUCUGGUGAUAUAAAAAAUCAAAAGAUAUCAAUAAAAUUCAUUUAAAAAUAAUAAGCUAAUUAAAAUGACAUUUCUUAAAUCCCUAACUUUGGUAUUAAUGAGGAAAAGUAAGAGAAAGAACUGAGGGAAAAUCAGUAAGCCUUUAAAGUGUAAUAUUUCCAACAUUCCCUAUUUGAAGGUAAAUUGGAGGACUCAGGCACUUGCUUCUUUCACAUUUUCCCACUGUGUUUAUACCACUGGUAGGCUCUAUUUCACAAAUCAAUUGUUACCUUUAUUUUCCUGCCAUUAAGAAACAGGAUUGUACCUGAUAUGUGAGUUUUUAAUAUGGAGAGACAUUAUUUUUAACCUUUUUGUGACAGGAAUAUUUCUAAUAAGAAUGGAGGACAGGAGAAUGGAAUUUUGAUUGGAAUGGAAUGUUUAAGGCAGGGAUUGGCCUAAGGGGAGUAUGAAUGUUUUUAGAGAUAUGAAAACUUGGCUUAAACUAAUGGAAAUGUCCUAUUUUAGCAGCAUGAUUAAGAAAGAAAUCUUCCUGAAUCAGUCUGCCAAUGAGAUAAUCUACUUCUGCUUCUAUGGUAUUUUUAUUGUAAUAAAUAUAAUUCAAAUUAAACAUUUAAAAAUUUUGA